UUAAAAAGUAAUACAGUAUUUACUGGCGCAGUUAUUCAUAUCGUGGAAUGUUGUUAUAGUCACUAUAUAAAGUAUAUAUAGUGCCAUUGCUCCAGCAUCUCAUGUUGUAUUUUUUUUAUUUCGUCUUGCCUUCAGUGGUAACUGCAUCCCAAAUUCCAUAAUUCAGUGUUUUCGCAUCCGCAGUUUCUGAAGCAGGAUGGAGAAGCGCUAGAUCCAAUCAUAAUUUUUGAUCUGUGCAGCGUUCUGUUCAUUAGUCUGUUGCCACCGUUUACCUGACCAAUUUUAACUAGUUACUGAUCUUUUGGAAACCAUGAGCGGAUUACGACUGGGAGUGGAAAUCGGAUUCAAGAAGAUUUCGGUGGCGCUGCUGGAGAACGGCGUGCCACGUAUACUGUCCAGCUUUGCAUCCAUCGCGGCCUGCAGUCUUGAUCUCACCGAAUGGCAUUUUGGUAUGGACGCGCACAGCUACCAAAGGGACAGUAACUAUCUCACCAUCCCGUCUGUUAAACGUGCGCUGCUGGUUUUCGCAUUCGGGACGGAGGAUCCGCUUGUGCCAUUCCUGUUGGAGCGACUCUUCGCUUAUAUCAAGAUGAUUGGGGAAACCGAACGCAAGCAGCGUCUUCAAGGCGUUGUUGUUGUUUUGUCGCAUGGUCUGCACGCUCGCAAAGUGUUCCGUCAAGCGGUGAUGGACGCCUGGCAGAAGAACGACGUUCCGGAUGUGCUGCUUAUCUCCGACGUGUCAGCCAUUCUACUGGCGUAUACCGUGCAAACGCUGGAUCGGCAGUCCAUCAGCACGAGCUCGACCGAAUCGGUUUAUCUCCUCGUAUGCAAUGCAGAUUCCAUGAACUGCCGAUUAGGCGUCUUCGAGGUGAUCAACAACAACCACGUCGUCAAAUUCCUGAGUAAAAACUAUGUUGUGUGGAACUGUUUCUGCUGGAUGUGGAAGCGAGUUAAAAAAACCAUCUAUCAGCUGUUGAGGACCGCCGGUUUGCCGCGAUUGGAUCAGUGUACAUCGGAGCAGCUUGACGAGGAGUGCAUGGAUCAGGUGGCACUGUUUAACGAUCCCCGAACCGACAAGGUGACCAUCCGCGCUCCGAUUCCCCAGUAUGUUGUAACGUUCACGCGGGAGAUGUACAACGCGGUGGCGGAGCCGUUUAUCAACGUCAUCCGACAGCGUGUCGUGGCGGAGUUGAAGUUGUUCGGCAUAAUGGACGCCAACACCGGAGAUAUCUACGGAAAAGUGGAGCUGCUGCUGGUCGGUGAGAAUUCUCGCUUGGGACUGUUGCGCACCGCGCUGGAAGAGGUGACGAAAAGCCAGGUGACUGCCGGCGCGGCGAGUUAUGUGGACGAUGCGGAGGCGUUUGGCGCGGCGAUAGCCAGCAGUCUGGCGGGAAACACUGCGAAUAUCCACCGACAGCAUCAACUCUUUCGACUGCAAGAGGGAUACUCAUUGAAUAUGGGAAAGUUAUUGCAGACAUUGCCACUACAUGCCAAUAGCGUUCUGGUACAACCGGCGCGGGAUAUCUUUAUUAGUGAGCGCCCUGAGGUUGCCCUAUCCGGCUGUUUAUACGUCGGGGACCUGAAAAAGCCAGUUUCCACUUCCGGUUUUUGCCUGGUGUUGUCCACGCAGAAGAUGGGAGGCUGCAAAGUGCACUGUAUUGAGCUGGAGAGCAGCGCUGAUGGGCAUCCGGUAACGUAUAUGCGGAUGUUGCUGGGUCGGAAUGUGCUGCUGCAGUGGUGUGAAUCACAGCAAACAGGAAGUGAUCAGGCAGACGGUGAACACCUGUGCAUACGCUUGCAGACGUCAUUUACUUACCGCGAGAGCACUGGCUGGAGUAGUCUUGGUUUUAUCGCGGAUGACGCCAACGCCUUCAAGACGUUUAUAGGGGAAUACGACCAGCGGCAACGAGAGAUGCUGAAAGCAUCUCCUUAUGCCGCGAAGGCGGAUGAAUCUUUCCCCAAGCUAGCGGGGUCAUCAUCGUCCUCGUUUGUCGCUCUUGUGUCAGACCAGUUGCCUACCAAGCAUUCCCAUGGAAUCCAUGAAGAUCAGUAUCAUCCAAGCCUGAUUACCGUAAAUUACUUUUCCCCACAGAGCCUCGUUGUGGUGGUUCAACAGUGCCAGGAAGUCACCGGAAAGCUGCAAGUGAUGGAAAGCGGUUUCGUUAUCGAACGGCUGCAUAAGAUUUGCAAAGGGUCCGUGGAGAGCGCUACAGCCGUGCUCGAGUUGACUGUGCAAGAUUGUGUUCGUGUCAGCUUUCCCAACGAAGCCAGUUGCUGGGAGUUUGUGAAAAAGUAUACCGACUUUUGGCAGCACGCGGUGCAUGGUGUGACCGGUUAAGUUAUCGAAAUGCCGGAUAGAAUGCUUUAGCAAAGACAUAACGUUGCCAUAAGUGCGUAGUUAUAUUAAUUUUAUUUUUUGGAAUGCUAAUUGGAUGGUUAUUUUGGCAGUUUGGUCUAUCGUUUUUCGUGUUUUCCGCCGGUGUUUUGCCUUUCUGCAGUUCAGUUGACAGGCAGAUAAUUAGCAAGUCGUCGAUGGUGUUGGUUUCAAAUUUAAAAAGUGUGAUAAAUCUUUUAAAUCAGUUUUAUUCA